AUGCCUCGCGAGGCUGAGCCAUCCGCAAAUAUCACCAACGCGGCUGAGGCUGCGGCCCUCGACUGCAAACCUUUCGUAGCGCCACGACUUCGAUCGCCCGACGUGGCGCACUGGGACCCUCGCCCAAGCAGUGCCGUCGCGGAGAAAAGCACGAAUCUCAGCGCUAGCGUCGACGGGUCAAGUUUCGGGUUACCGGCAUCCGUUGGUGUCGUGACCGAGUAUAGCACUAAGGCCGACUUUGGGGCGGUGCUCAUGUGCGACGGUGACGUUAUCGUUCAGGGCUAUGACGUCCGCAAACCAUUCGAGCGAUGGGUGCGUGAGAACAAGGAGGCUCUUGCAAAGGUGGACGAGCUGCGGGAGCACGGCAUUGUCAUUUCGACAUGGACCUACUUGUCAGAGAGCGUCCACCUCAACGUAUGGCAGAACUCGGAAAACACGUGCUUGAACCGACUGAACGACGGCAAACGCGUUGUCUUCUUCACCGACGUCAAGUGCGUGUAUCGCUGGCUCGGGCGCAUGUCGACGAAGCCGGAAUCGGAGUGGCGUGGUGGUGAGAAGUUCCUGCUCUGGGACCCCGAAAGCCAGGACGCGUAUGAAGGUGAAGUAGACUUGUUUGGUCGGGACUUUGCCGAUAGUGAGAAUGAGAGCGAUGAUGAUGAUGAAGAUGAUGAAGACACUUAACGUGACUGGCAACGUUUCAAAGAGAAAGAAACUACUAUGGGGAAUAAACAGAUCAAAUUCCAGAGUUCGAGUGGGGAAUUGUCUUGGGGAAGCCUGGAGUCCCUUGUUGGCACUUUCAGUUUUGAGAGAGGCGUAGCUAGCCCAUAGAGCCAAGAAGUGACGAGAGACGCGAUGUUCUUCCGGGUCUAUGAUGUUCGAUUCGACGGUAGUCUGGGGCGCUAAUGGGAUUG